AUGACUACUCUACACUAUCUUCCCCCCCCCCCCGUCUUUGGUGACACCUACCACCGGGCUCAAGCUGCCAACUCCAAGGAGGAAUUCCUCAAGUCCAAGGAAGCUGCCGGUGCCGCCGCGGCCUGGGGAAGCUCCCUCGCCGGCAGUGCGAUCCAGACCUACGGUGUUGCUGCUCUGAUCAAUGCCACCGGUACUUUGAGCUACAAGGGUGCUGCCUACCUGGGAACACUUAUCUUCUUCGCAACCUCCGCUCCAGGUGUUGUGGCCCAAGUCUUCUCUGAGAAGAGGCCUCUUGACACCAUUGCUGUUGGUGCGGUCUCACGUGUGUUUGAGACCGUGGGACUCAGCUUGUUCCUCACCUGGUGGGGAACCCGCACUCACCCCUUUGACUAA